AUAAGAAACCACACAGAUAAGAAGCUGUUUGUGUGCGAAACAUGUGGGAAAGUUUUCAGAAAUAAUAGUACCUUGGUAAGGCACAUGAGAAUCCACACAGGUGAGAAGCCAUAUUCUUGUAAAACAUGCAAAAGAAAUUUCCAGCAUACUAAUAAACUGAAACUCCACAUGAUGACCCACACAGGUGAGAAGCCAUAUUUUUGUAAAACAUGCAAAAAGAAAUUCCGGCGCAAUUAUGCCUUGAAAGUCCACAUGUGGACCCACACAGGAGAGAAGCCAUAUUCUUGCAAAAUAUGUGGGAAUAGAUUUACGAGUAAACAAACAUUGGACUCUCAUACAAGAAUCCACACAGGUGUGAAGCCAUAUUCCUGCAACACGUGUGGGAAAAGGUUUUUUCGGAAAUCAACAUUGAACUGUCAUACAAGAAUCCACACAGGUGAGAAGCCAUAUUGUUGUAAAACAUGCAAAAAACAAUUCCAGCGUAAUUAUAAACUGAAACUCCACAUGAGGACCCACACAGGAGAGAAGCCAUAUUCUUGCAAAGUAUGUGGGAAUGGAUUUGCUCAUAAAUCAACAUUGAACUCUCAUACAAGAAUCCACACAGGUGAGAAGCCAUAUUGUUGUAAAACAUGCAAAAAACAAUUCCAGCGUAAUUAUACAUUGAAAGUCCACAUGAGGACCCACAUGGGGGAAAAGCUGCAUCUCUGCAGCACAGAGGUUCCAGAGAUUAAAGAGUAACAGGAGGAACUAAAAGGAGUUUGACACUCCUCACUUCAGGGUUACACUCUGUAAUAAGUGUUGGGUUACACACUAUGUCUACACACUACCUCAGCAAUGAGGUCACUGAGGUUAUUUCUUCGUUAGAGGAAGAUUGUCCAUCUGUUUUGGGUUAUUGGAUUGCAAUGGGAUAGUGCUUGAUCACCUGAACGUACAGGUGUACAUGCAGCAGAGAUAGAGGAUAUGGCUGGUGGGAUGCUGGGCUUCAGAAGCUCACGUGUAAUGCAUACUGGUACAUGCAGGCAGUCCCUGCACGGCUCCGCGAGCAGGAGAACUCAGCUUUAGGAUUCAGGGGAUCUAUUGGCAGAAAUGGAAUAUAGUAUUCAUAACUGUGUUUUCUUUCGUCUAUAAUCACCUGAAACUAAGAAUCGUUGUGUUUUCAUUAGAUUAGAACGAGCCCUUCAUAUCUACAUGAGGAGCGUGUCCUCUUCCACUGAGACCCCCAUGUUGCCUCUUUAGUAUCCCAGAACCUUUUUAAGGGGAAAGUUAAUGUUGUAACUGACAAUGAUGAACACUGUUAACCAAGAUGAAUGUUACUGCAUUGUAUGCAACGAUGACACUGAGCAUGGAUGAUUGUAGCAACACUGUUAAUAUAAUGUGUUAUACUGCUGCACAUUGUUUGGAGACUGACUGACAGAACAUAUUGCUGGAAAGGCCAGAAGUUAUAGAAGCUUAAGGAGAACGUAUUCAUAUCACACAUGUUUGUUACCAACCAUGCAUCACAUUGUACGCUUUGUAAAUAAUGAAUGUGUGUAUACAUUGUCUUGAAGAGAUGCUAUAAAGUAAUUU